AUGCACCAACUAUCAGACAAGAUGAUAUCCGGUUUGAAAACUUACAAAUAUUCAUGUGUUGAUAAUUCUCCAUUUUCAACAUAUAUUAUGCAUCCGUUUUGGGACUGGUUAUCACAAUUUUAUCCUGUUUGGUUAGCUCCAAAUCUGAUAACAUUCACUGGUUUCCUUUUAACAGUUGCGCAUUAUUUCCUUACGUGUUUUUAUAAUCCAAACUUCUCUGCAACUAACAAUGUUCCUGUUUGGGUUUGGCUUGUCACAUCUUUCCUUGUGUUUAUUGCUCAUACUUUAGAUGGCACAGAUGGUAAACAAGCUCGUCGAACUAAGUCAUCAUCAGCUCUUGGAGAAUUAUUUGAUCAUGGAUGUGACUCAUGGGUGUGUCUUUUUCUUCCUGGAUCAAUGUUCUCACUGUUAGGUGAUGUGUAUACUACACGUGAGAUGUUUAUUGGACAGUGGGUACUGAUUGUUAGUUUUCUACUAUCUCAUUGGGAGAAAUACAUUACGGGUGUCUUGUUUUUACCGUGGACUUUUGAUACAAGUCAAACAGCUGUUGCUGUAGUCUUCUUGCUUGCUUAUUGGUUUUCGCCUACUAUUUUGAUUGAACCAAUUGUCUACGGUUGGUCGGCUGCUGCAAUUUUUAAAUAUACACUCUUCUUUUCACUUUAUUUUGUUCAUAUUCCUAAACAACCAUGGUAUCGUGGUCUUGGAUUGACUGGAGUCUUAAAACCACUCUUUCCUGUAGCAGUUCUUCUUUUAAGUUCAUCCCUAUGGGCUAGUUAUUCACCGUCAAAUCUUCUCGAUAAACAUACACGUGUAUUUUUGUUUUGCUGGGGAACGAUUGCUUCAAAUGUGAUAUGUCAUCUAAUCGUUGCACAAUUAUGCCAUGUUCCAGCUCCAAUUCAUAAUAAAGAAGUUCAUCUAUAUUCGAUGAUUACCUCUGUUGUGUGCUUUGGUUUUCCACUGAGUAAAAACUCACCCACUGAAUACAUCUCUCUUUACAUGCUAACAGCUUUUGUUACUUUGGAUCAUAUUUACUAUGCUUAUCAAGUGGUCAACGAGAUCGCCUCAUGUCUUCACAUUAAAGUGUUCAGCAUCACGCAAUAA